AGAAUGGAGAGAGGAAAUUGCUCUGUCGCACACUUCAAUUUCUUGGGAAUUACUAAUAAUCCUGAUAACAAGGUGAUCCUAUUUGCCUUAUUUUUAAUCACUUAUCUCAUUAAUCUUAUAGCAAAUAUGGGAAUGAUCUUUCUAAUUAUAAUGGACUCUCAGCUGCACAUGCCCAUGUACUUUUUCCUCAGCCACCUUGCUUUCUGUGACCUGGGCUAUUCGACAGCUGUUGGACCCAAGAUGCUGAUGGACAUCUUUGCCAAGAACAAGUCAAUCUCCUUGGUUGGCUGUGGUCUGCAAUUCUUUUUUUUCUGUAUCUUUAUAGAUUCCGAGUGUGUUCUUUUGGCAGUCAUGGCCUUUGAUAGGUACCAGGCCAUCAGCAACCCCUUGUUCUACACAGUCAACAUGUCCAGCAGGGUGUGCUCCCGGCUCCUGGCUGUGGUUUACACGGUGGCCUUGGGAGACACUCUGAUACACACGACCUUAACCUUCUGCUUAUGUUUCUGUGGGUCAAAUGAGGUUAACCGCUUCUUCUGUUAUUUACCCCCGCUUUAUGUCAUCUCCUGCUCUAGUAUAGAGGUCAAUGAGUUAGCGUUAUUCACCGUUUUUGGCUUCAUUGAACUGAGUAUGAUUUCAGGAGUUCUUGUCUCUUCUUGUUAUAUUUUCCUAUCGGUCUUGAAAAUCCGCUCUGCUGAGGGCAGGUUCAAAGCUUUCUCCACCUGCACCUCCCACCUGACGGCCGUGGCCAUCUUCCAAGGCACCAUGCUCUUCAUGUACUUCCGGCCGAAUUCUGCCUACUCCCUGGACCAGGACAAAAUGGCCUCGUUGUUUUACACCCUUGUGAUCCCCAUGCUGAACCCCCUGAUUUACAGUCUACGGAACAAGGACGUGAAAGAUGCCCUGGUAAAACUGAAAACUAAAACGUGGUUUUAA